AUGGCGGCUGCCGCAGCCUCCCGCCCUCGCGGGGCCAGGCCCCACGGUCUCCGGUCCUUCCCGCCGAAGAGGCGAUCGGCGCGGCUGUCCGCGAAACCUGCUCCUGCCAAAGCAGAGCCGAAGCCAAAAAAGUUAGCGGCAAAGGAUAAAUCUGAGGACAAGAAAGCUCAAUCAAAGGGGAAAAAGGGGCCUAAAGGAAAACAGACAGAAGAGACAAACCAAGAACAGACAAAGGACAACUUGCCUGCAGAAAAUGGGGAAGCUAAAAGCGAGGAGACCCCAGCAUCUGAUCCAGUAGUAGAGAAAGAAGCUAAGUCUGAGUAACAUCUGGUACCAAGUCUUUAAUUGGUGGUCCUUACACCUUUCUUCUUGUACAAUUCAGAGGAAUAUUUUUAUCAACUAUUUUGUAAAUGCAAGUUUUUUAGUAGUUCUAGAAAACACAUUUUUAAAAAGGAGAGAAUCCCAACUCAACCCAUUUUUUUACAUAUUUAGAUAAGUGUAAAUGCUUUUUUUAAGUGGUAAAAUCAUGUACUGGUUGUCUGUUUUCUAUGAAACCAGAAAUUAAUGGCAUGUUACAUUGAGGAGAGAGCUUUGAAGCCUUCAUCAGGCUUCACGUUCCAUAGACUGUGCGGGACAGUUUUCUAUCCUAUUAAAUGAAGCAUAACACGGAUCAGACUUUGGAAUUCAUAAUGAUAUGUUGAGAAUGUCUUAACAUUUUAGUUAUUUAUCUAUGGUUGUACCAUCAGUAGAAUUGCUUAUCUAAUAAAACUGCUCCCUAGUGUUGGAUUUCUUGCUGAGCGAUGUAUAUCUGUGACAAAGUUAUUUUUGGUAGUUGCAGCUUUAUUUUUUCCAACAACUUUGUAGCUGUGAUGCAAAAGAUUGGAAGCUUUUAUUAUAUCUUUAAAUACCGACUUAGUAAAAAUUUCUCCUUGGCAGACGUAACUUGUGAUGUCAGUAUUUGAGUUACUGGAACUUGAUACCCAGUUCUAAAGGACAGCUUGUUUGCAAAGAUCAAAGGAAAAAUGUUUGAAAUAGUCUUAGGAAAAAAAAAAAGUUUUAGAUUUAAAAAACUAUGUGAAUAAAAACAAUUGUAAAAUUGUUCAUAGUGUCUGUGAUCACCAACCAAAAGCCAAAUAAAUCUCGAUUAUGAAAGGA